UUCACUUCAUUCCAAAAUUCAUCAUCAAAAUUUCCCCAAUUUUUACUCUCUCCCAACACUCGCCGGAAUCCAUGUCUACGACCGCCGCACGCCUCUUCCUAAUCCUCUCCCUCCUCUCGGCCGCUGCCGCUGCAGCCAAUCCCCCCUCAGUCUACGAAGUUCUCCAAUCCUACGGCUUCCCCGCCGGCCUCCUGCCCCAAGGAGUCACAAGCUACGAGCUCGACACCACCACUGGCAAAUUCUCGGUGUCCCUGGGCGGCAGCUGCAGCUUCUCCAUCAGCGGCUACGUUCUCAAGUACAAGAGCACCAUCACCGGCACCAUCGCAAAAAAUAAGAUAACAGAUCUGAACGGGAUCCAGGUGAAAAUUCUGUUUUUCUGGAUCAACAUCAUCGAGGUCACAAGCGACGGUAACGAAUUGCAGUUUUCUGUCGGAAUCGCGUCGGCUAAUUUUCCGGUGGAUAAUUUCUUCGAGUGUCCGCAAUGUGGUUGUGGAUUUGACUGUGUGACGCGGAAGGCUCAGGCUCAGGCACUGCCGCUGGUUCAGUAUGAUUAGAUUUAGCGUCGCCGAUUUCAGAACUCCGGCGUCAGGGGUUUUGCAGCAAGCCAGCAACUCGUUUUUUUUUGCUGAGUAGUUGAUGCAUUUAUGUAAGUUUCUACUAGUAAUUUUGAAUAUUCAGUGCUCAUAACUUCCACUCUUUAAAUUCCUAUGAAUAAAACUGACGCUUUAGGAUUUACUAUA